AUACCCUUCUCGAUAGGUAAUUUUGGAUACCCUCGCGGUAUCCAAAAUUACCUAUCGAGAGGCAACCGAGUAUGUGCCAAUUUUCGAUGGGUACAAUAUUUCAUUGUCGAAGUUUCUCGGAGCGUGUAGGCAAGCUCGCGAUAUAUUGCCCCCGCAUUACGAAAAGUCCCUCACGCGACUAUUAAUGACCAAAUUACGAGGGCAUGCUCAUUUCCGCGGUCGCCGACGAACCUUCCGAUACGGUGACUCAACUCUCUGACUUGCUUAAUAGUGUCUUCGGGUCGGUCAAGAGCGUAGUCCAGUAUCGGGGAGAACUAAUCGCCGUGCACCUUCGACCGAACGAGCAUAUCCUGGACUAUAUAGACCGCGUCAAAGAGAUUAGGUCCGCGAUAAGAGACGGGCAACGACGCGCUCGCGGUAUCUUAAACCCUGCUAUUACCCAAGAAAUAGACGAGAUUACAGCGCAGUGUUUCUGUGAGGGGUUAUCCACGCCGUAUCGUCUGCAGCUGCAGCCGGAGUACUACCACGCGCCCUUCGAAGCAUUCGCAGCUGCCAAAAUAAUCGCGAAGCGCGAUGAAAUUAAACGGCAAUGUUACAGUCUGCCCGCGCGGCUAGGACAACCGCCGCCGCAACGACCGCCCAACACCCCCCGACGCUCACCCGAGCCAAACGCAUGGCGCAACUCGCGUUACAGACCGGCGUCACCGCCGGGAAGACGACGCACUCACCCCCGCUUUGAUGAAUACAGUCGAGAGCGGAACUACUCACUGCGCCCCGAAUGCCCCGGAACGCCGCGAAGAAACGCGAUCAACAUACCAUUAUGAGAACCGGAAUGCGCCCGG